AUGGAUUCGAGUUUGGGACAACAGGAAUUCAAUUAUCUGUUCGAAUUGUUGAUGAUUGGGAACUCUAGUGUUGGCAAGAACAACCUACUCCCCAGUUUUAUCUCUGAUGAUUUUCAAGAUCUCUCCCCCACCAUUGGUGUUGAUUUUGAGAUCAAAUAUGUCACUAUUGAUGGUAAACAGCUCAAGCUUGCCCAUUUUUUUGUGACUCUCAUGAUUUUUAUUUGGGAUACCGCUUGUCAAGAGAAAUUCAGAACGCUCACAAGCACUUACUACCGAGGAACACAAGGGAUCAUUAUGGGUCAGCAAAUCGUUAACGACAGCAUGAAGAGAUUAACGGAAGGACGAAUGUGA